AUGGAUCCGUGGGUAAGCGUGGGAUUGGCCAAGCAAAGCGCACCGCAAAAGAGAGAGAGGGGGAGAGGAGCAGACGAGACGAGAGGAAAGGGAAAAAACCACCAAACAAAUCCCCCGCGGCCGCCGCUUCCCCAUCCCAAGUUCCCAACCCACGCCAUUCCACCUCCACCUCCACCUCCACCUCGAAGCGCCGCCGCCAACCACCACAUCCCCGGUUUCCACCGGAGUCCCUCCUCUCCAGCUGUUGGUCAACCACCCUACCCCGUCUCGCGGAUCCUCUCCAUCGCCGCUGGUGGUGGUUGCGGAUCGAGCUCCGGGGCCAAAUCCACCAUCCACGGCGACGGCCUCCCCGUUCUACUUCCCGUCCGGCGCUGUCCCCGACGAGCCCACUUUUUCCUAAUGGUGGACGGCGUGCCUCUCAAUGGACGCCUGCUGCUCACGCGGAGGAUUCGUCUCCUCCUCCACGACGGCUGCUUAUCCUUCCCUCCAUCGCGGCCGCUGCACAUGAGAGUAGACAUGAUGUCCUGCAUUCGCUUGCUAGAGCACAUCCAUCACAAUAAUUUAUUAGCUAUGGAAGAUCGCAGAUGA